GAAAGUUACCCCGCUGGCACAUGGCAAGGCCAGCUUGAGGUUGCAAGUCUGCAAAAUCCACGUUUCCAGCGUGAAGUAGAAGACGUGCAUACGCACUUGUGGCCACGGAAAACGGACCUUCGCUUGCACACGUAGUUUAAGACUAGUUGUAACUUCAAGUCGACAGCUCGGGACUUUUUGGCUUUCUCGCCGGCUCUUUGAAGCCGCCAACCACUGGUGGUCUUGCAGAUGGGCUUACAUUGUUAAGGCGGCAUAUUUGUGGAGCUGAGCCACGGAAGAGCGGAGCGGCCAGGGGAAGAAAUGCUUGCGUUGCGCCUGCCACAGCGAGUACCGGGCGCGCUGCGCCUAGCAGAGCCAAGGGACUGCGAGUAUGGCUCGCACGGCAGCUCGCCCACAACACCCGGCAGCUCGACGUCAAGCGUGCGCAGCAGCACGCUUAUGUCGUCGUACGGGACUGACAUGAACCGUGACUUCGACGUGCUGGCGCUGUUGGAGGAGAAGCUGCGGCGCGAGGUGGAGCACGAGGAGCUUUGCGCAGCCAUCACCGACUUCCAUGUGGUGCACGGACACUUUCCUACGCUGCGCCAGGUGGCGCUCGAGCUGGGUGCAGAGCCGGAUGUGGAAGCGGCUGACAUGCAUGCAGCCGGGCCUGCAGGCGGCUUCCCGGCCCACCUGACACUCACUAUCAAAAGUGUCUCACCCCCCCGGCUGCGCGUGGCCAAUACCCCGACGCAUCGGCACCUGCAGCAUGAGGAGGUGGGCACUCCAAAGACGUCUGACGCCACGCCGACCGCCCUCGCUGCCGAGCCCGUGUUCUUUGGGCCUUCGCGCUCGCUGCAGACCGCCUCGCCCGCCGGCCUGCGGUUUCACGACAGGCUGCUCCUGCACAGCCCCAGCCUCCGAUCCAACCCCAGCACCGCCGGCAGCCCGAGCCGCGCCGGCCUGCACGCCCCUGGCUCGGCCAUGGCGUCCCCCUUCCGUGGCGUCCUCACGCCCACGGCGCUGCUGCAACAGCAGAGGGAGGGCCAGCCUGGAACCCCGCCGUCGUGGCGCCGUGAGCUCCAAUGGCCCGCGCCGCCGGAGGAAGCGGCUGCUCUCACCCUGAGCGUUCAGCACACACCCUCGCGGCUGGCGCUGCAGGCCGGGCACGAGGGAGAGGACCUGGAUGCGGCGUCGUCCGACAGCGAGGCUGACGGCUGCGACGUACACACGGAUGAAAAGGCGGCGCCGCCGGUACAGGGCGCCAUGGCCUUCCGGCCCUUCGUGCCGGGCCUCAACCUGCUGGGCCUCAAGAAGAAGUCACCCCAGGCGCGGAAUGGACCCAGCCCGCUUGCUGCGGGUGCGCUGGCGGGGGCCAGCUCGGGGCUGCACGUGCACGUCGGCAAUGCCGCCUUGCACGGGCCCGGCGCGGCCGGCAGCGGUGGCGCAUGGGCGCCCACGCCUAGCGGCGCCCACCGCGGUCCCGAUACCGCUCGCGGCUCGCCCACAGAGAUGCUGCGUAUGCUGCUGCCCAGCGCCUGCAAGCCGCGCGGUAGCGGCGGCGGCCCUCCGGUGGGCUCGCAGGGCGGCUCCUCCUUCUCCGCCUGGGCAGGCAGCAGUGGCGGGGGCGGCACCGGUGCCGCUGCUGGCGCAUACCGUGAGCUACCCGGGUUAAGCAACCUAGCGCCAAGCGCGCAGGCUCUUGGGGCGCGACAGGAGCUGAGCGUUGGUGGCGGCGUCGGCACAGCGCUGCCAAUGCUGAACGCGGGCUUGGCAGCCUCGGCCGCGGCGGCGGCGGUGGCUGGCAGUCCUAUGAGCAACAUCGAAAUGGUCGCACAGUGGGCCGCCGCCGCGGCGGAUGCGGCGGCGGCGGGGCUAGAUGCGGCGGCAGCAGCGGACAGGGUCGAUGGGCAGGGGACGCUGACAGGGGCAGCAGGCAGUCUGCCCUUGCACGCUGCGGUGGGCAGCCCCCGUGUGUCCAUGGACGAUCUCGACCAGAGCCAGAAUGGCGCUCGCCGUGACACGCCCAUCAAGGCCGGUGUAGCGGCCGCAAUGGCGCACACGGUGCAGCUGUGCGUCAAGCCAACGCCGGAGAAGCGCGGAGGCCCGGACGGCGACGGCGCGGGCAGCCGCCGCCGCGCGGACCUGCACAACACCCACGACCAGGCCAUAAGCGAGAGCGACGCCGGCAGCAGCAGCCGCUCGCAUCCUGCUGCCGGCGACGAUGCCGCCACCGGCGCCCCUGCCACAGCCGGCGGGCCCGACGGCUGGAGCAAGGCUGGCGGCAAGGCGGGGCUUUCGCAACUUGAAACCUCGGCGCUGGGUCGCUCACCGGAGGACUGUGCUGUGCGCCGGGACACGGAGGAGCGCCCUAAGGGCUGGGCGGCGGCGGCACCUUUACAACCUGCGGCGGCGGGCGCGGUGCCCGUCAGGCUGUCAGCCGUCGCCGCCGGUCUGGUGCCUCCGCUGCAGCUGCCGGCCGCUGGCCCCACAAGCGGCAGCUACCUGCGCAGCAGCAUCGGCGCGCCCAGCGCACGCGGUGCAGGCGGCGCCAGCCGCAACCCGCCCAAGGCCGCCAGCGCCGGCGCAGCCGGCGCCGUACCGGCGCUGCCACCGGGCUUGUCGUCGGCGCUGCAGGAGCAGCUGCAGCAGCAGCUGCCGCAGCUGCCGCGCGGCCCCGCCUCCGGCGCCCGCACGCGGCGGCUGUCGGUGACGCUGCCUUCGUCCCUGCUGUACGGCGAGGGGCCGCUCACCGCGCGGCGCCUGGUGGCCACCGCCACCACGGGCGUCACGUCGCAUGCGCUGUGUACGGUGUUCUGGGCUGAGUCAGAGGACGAACUCAGCGACUACGACAGCGAUGAGUGCGACGAGGAUGAGGAGUACGACCAAGAGGAGCUCCUGCAGCACGUGACAGACGUGCCGGCGGGACUGGUCCUGAGCGCUCAUCACGUGCUGGGCGCCGCCGCCGGCGAGGACGAGUUUGCGGUGGCGCUGGCAACGGCACGCGCGUCGCACGUGUUCACCGCGGCUGCGUUGGCGGCCGCCGCAGCAGCUGCAGCCGGCGGUGCGCAACCCAGCGAUACUGUGGCGCUGGCUCCGCAAGAGGGACGCGGCGUGGCGGCGGCGCGUGGCCUUGGUGGCGGGCGUCGCAGCCGGCGGCGGCGCGGACGGCGCGCGGCGGCUGAGGAGGAUGAGGACGACGAGGACCGGUGCGGCCUGAUGCUGCCGGAGGAGCUGUGGGACGCGUGGGAGCGGCUGAGCAGCGGCUCCAAGGGCCGCCAGUAUCGCCUGCUGGAGUCGCUGACGCACGUGGAGCGCAUCACCUGCACCUCCUACUCCACCGUGUCCAAGGCCUGUCACCAGGGCAGCCCCGUGGUCGUCAAGAUCUACGACGUGGCGGAGCGCGACAAGCUUGCAAACGCCUUCGCCGAGAUUGGCGUGCUGCUGCAUCUGGCGGGCUGGGCGGGCGCGGUGCGGCUGCUGGACUACGGCCGGCACGAGGACAAGGUGAUGCUGAUGCUGGAGAGCUGCGACCACAGCCUGAAGGACUGGUGCGACAGCCAGCGCUUCGAGGCGCUCACCGGCGCCGAGUACAUCAUGGAGUGCCUAAGGCUGUGGUGCACGCUUGCUGAGCUGGUGGCGGAGCUGCACGAGCGCUUCCACGUGGCGCACUGCGACCUCAAGCCAGGCAACGUGCUGCUGUCCUCGGGCCGCCUCAAGCUGGCGGACUUCAGCGAGAGCAUGCUCUUCAACGGCGCGCCGCUGCUCAUGGACCAGGCCAGAGGCACGGUGGUGUACCAGCCGCCGGAGAUGGUGCACGGCCAUUGUGUGGACGCGCGCAAGGCCGACGUGUGGGCCAUGGGCUGCAUCCUGUACGAGAUCAUAACCGGCGAGCUGCUCUUCAAGGGCAACAGCGACUGCAUGCGCGCAGUGGCGGCCGGAGCCGCGGCGCGCGCGCUGCGGCACCACCACCACCACUCGCGCCGCCGCGGCUUGAGCGGCUCACGCGGAGGCAGUGGCAGUGGCGCCGGCGCCAGGGGCGGCAGCCGCGGCGGCUCGGAGAGCGGCGCCGGCGCCGGCGCGGGCGCCAGUGGGCGCAGCAGUGGCGGGGAGGGGGGCGACUCCGUGAGCUGCGGCGGCGCUGACGCUGACGUACCCGUUGUUCCGCCUGUGAUGCCGGCGGUCUCCGCAGCAGCGGCGGCAGCGCCACCCCAGCCGCCGCGGGUGCCACGGCUCCCACUUGGUCUGGCCGCCCGCCCGCCUAUCGCACCCGUGUUGUCCCAAAGCACAGGCCCCAGCCACCAGCCGAUGGCGCCGCCACCCCUGCCGCUCCCGCCGCACCUCUUCGCCCAGCCCGGCUCCGCGCGCGGCCUGCCCUUCCCGCCCGCAACGGGCCGCUCCCUUGAGCUCAUCGCCGAGGGCUGCGGAACCGAGGACGGCGGCGCGUCGUCCCGCGCGGAUUCAGAGUCGUGCUGGGGUGGCGGCGUGGGGGGCGCCUCCGGUGCCGCCACCACCGCGCCCACCACCGCCCGCAGCCUCCUGCCCACCGCGCGCGACACGGCACGCAGCUGCCACACGGCCCUGGGCACUUCGCGUGGCGACGGCUGCGGCGGCGGCGGCGGCGGCCGCGACACCGCGCGCAGCAUGGGCCUGCCCUUCGACACCGCCCGCAGCGCCGCCAGCUCCAGCACGAUUGCGGGGGGCGCCGGGGUCUGGCCGCCGCCUCCGCCGCCCUCCGCCGGCACCGCGCGCAGCGUCGCCGACAGCGAGUACACGCUGGCGCUGGCGCCGCCGCUGCCAGGGCAGCGGGCGCUGGUGGACAGCUGCAGCGGCGGCGGAGCCGCCGCUGACGACGAGCACAGCCGCGGCACCAGCGCCGCAGGCGCCGCGCCUGAGGUCUCAGCUGCACCUAUGAGCGCGGCGGCGGCAGCCGCCGCCGCCGCCGCCGCUGCAAUGCCGCCGCCGCCGCACCGACGGCUGAGGCACUCGGUGGCGACGCAGUGCGCCGACCCCUCCGGCCCGGACUGGAUGUCCAGUGAGGAGGCGGACCGUCUGCGCAUCAUGUGUGACGAGCCACCCAGCUUCCUGGCCAUGGCAGUGGCCGCGGCCGCCGCGGCCAAGGAGGCCGCCGCCGCGGCGGGCGGCGGCGCCGCCGCGGCUGCGGCUGCGGCGGCAGCGGCCGCGGGUAUGGACGCGGAGCAGGCGGCGAUCGUGGAUGCCUACAAGCCGCGGAAGCUGUCGGGUGCUGAGGGUCCCAGCCUGUGCGACGACGUGCUGGGCCUGCUGCGCCUGGUGCUUGUGGAGGACCACGUGCGGCCCGGCAUGAGGGCGCUGGCGGGCCGGGCGGCCGAGGUGCUGCAGCGUCACUCGCACCUGGUCGCGGCAGCGGGAGAGGCAGCCGGUACAGGCACAGACGCCGACGCCAUCGCGGCAGCGGAGGCGGAGGCGGGCGCUGUCCAGGAUGGAGGAGAGGAUGCCACGGUGCAGGAGGCGGCGGGCGGCGCGUCGGGGGGUACGUGUGGCGAGGGCAAGCCGCAGGUGCCGUCACGGCCGUGCUCGGGUUUGCUGCCGCGGCUAAACCCCGCGGCGCUGCAGCCGCUGCGGCUGGACCAGCUAGCUUGGGGCGGAGGUGCCGGCAGCGUUUGUGCGGACCAGGCUCCAAGCGCCUCGCUGGCGAGGCUGGACGAGGAGGACCUACUGCAGCUUGAUGGUGGUGGUGACGGAGGGAACGCGGGAGCUGACGGCGUUGCUGGCUGCGGCGGGGGGCGUGCGGUGAGCCUCUUUGACAUGUGUGCGCCGCUGGUCACGGCGCGCGGCGGGCGGCCCAUGUCACGUAGCUGGCAGCGCUUCCUCAGCAAGCCGUGAGCUGGUUGUUGCGCGGAGUACGGUAGUAGGUUGCGUGGAUGGGCACUGGGGCACGUGCACUGCGUUGAUGGAAGGUUGAGGCUACGGGGAGGUGGGCUGGAGAUGCGGCAUGGCUGAACGGCAGGUGGCCCCGCGCAAAGCAUGGAUGUGCAGGGCAGUAACAGCAGGUGGUUACAGACUCCCCUGGUUACAGAUGAACUCUAAAUGCGUCUUGGAGAAGGCAAGAGCACGUCGUGAUCGGGGGCCGGGCUUGUGCAUGGUUGCGGCGCAGGGGCCGGUUGGGUGGGGGCCAACUGCAUGAUCUAUUGAUCUGUCAACUUGCCGUACAGACUAAGCACUGUUGCUGUAAAUAAGGCUGAACUGUAAGGGAUGCUGCUU